AAUCUUGUGCAGUGACAGUAAGCAUGUUUUAUACGUUGUUGUUUGUGGCAGUUUUACUAACAAUUUUAUAUUUUUACUUCACUAGGACUUUUGAUUAUUGGAAGAAAAGAAAUGUUGCCGGACCAAAACCUCUCCCGUUUUUUGGUAACCUUAAGGAUUCUUUUUUAAGAAGAAAGUCUGUGAUUAUGGUUUAUAGCAGCAUUUACGAGGCAUUUCCUAACGAAAAGGUCGUCGGAAUUUUCAGAAUGACGACGCCUUGUCUUUUAUUGCGUGAUUUGGACGUUAUUAAAAAUGUGAUGAUCAAAGACUUUGAUUUAUUCAUUGAUAGAGGAAUUGAAUUCAGUGACGAAGGUCUCGGUGUUAACCUUUUCCAUGCUGAUGGAGACAGAUGGAGAGUUUUAAGAAACCGUUUCACUCCUCUCUUUACUUCGGGUAAGCUGAAGAACAUGUUGCAACUGAUGACUGAAUGUGGAGAUACAUUUAUUAAUUAUGUUGAUAACAUUUGUCAAAAGCAACCGGAACAAUCAAUGCAUCUAGUUUUUCAGCAGUUCACAAUGGCAUCUAUCGCAGCAUGUGCCUUCGGUGUUGAUUUAGAUAAAGAUAUGAUAAAAACUUUGGAGAGAAUUGACAAAUUAGUUUUUACUGUGAAUUACGGCAUCGAACUUGAUAUGAUGUAUCCGGGAAUAUUGAAAAAGUUCAAUAGCUCACUCUUUCCUAAGGAUGUAAGUACAUUUUUCGACAACCUAACAAAAAGUGUUAUUGGACAAAGAGUAGGUGUGCCAUCAAAUAGAAAAGACUUCAUAGAUCUAAUUUUAGAAUUGAGACAACAGAAAACCAUCGAAGGAGCGAAAAGAAAUGAAAAUGAAGAUGUUAAUGCACUCGAAUUGACUGACAGUAUCAUUGCAGCGCAGACAUUUGUUUUUUAUGUGGCCGGAUACGAAACUGGCGCCUCCGUUCUGUCAUAUUUGUUCUACGAACUGGCAAAGAAUCCUAACAUACAAGACAAACUUAUUUCAGAAAUUGACGAAGUUCUUAAACAUUAUAAUGGUGAAUUAAACUUUGAAUGUUUGAGCGAAAUGACAUAUCUGAGUCAAGUAUUUGAUGAAACAUUAAGAAAAUAUCCAAUGGGAGAUCUUUUACAACGUAAUGCUAAAACUGACUAUGCAGUCCCAGGUACUAAUGUUAUUAUCCGCAAAGGGCAAACUGUUAUUGUCUCAGCUUGGGGUAUUCACCACGAUCCUAAGCAAUACCCCAAUCCAGAUGUAUUUGACCCUGAACGCUUCAGUCCGGAAAAUGUGAGCAAUAGACAUUCUUGCGCUUAUAUGGCAUUCGGUGUUGGUCCCAGAAAUUGUUUAGGUAUACGUUUUGCUAAAUUGCAGUCUCAAGUAUGCAUCGUGAAGUUUUUAUCAACAUUCCGGGUAGAAAUUUCAAAGAACACUCCGUUAAACUUUAAAUACGAUCCAAUGCGUUUAUUUGCAUUUCCUAUAGGUGGUAUCCAUCUUAACAUAUUACGUAGAGAAAUUUAA